CGUUGUGUUCGAUCUUGAUGUUCUUCAAGGUCUUUGACAACACCGAUGCAUACGUAUUUCUCAUCAAUUCAACCCACUUCCACCCAAUAAUGUCCGGUGAUGGUGGUGGUGCGAUCAAUAAAGAUCUGUUCCCACCCGUCAUCAGCACGUGUAAAACAUGGCUUUUACCCACCAUGAGAUUGAUACACAUCAGGUUUGGACGAGCAGUGGCUGAUGUCUGCAUCCACAGGGUCGGAGGAUUCCCUAACAAGUUUUGUACCUGAAAAAGCUACCCAAUUGGCCAACUCUGUUCAAGAAGGCGUGUUUUCGUUCUAUGAUCGAAUUGCCAGUGGCGAACCACUAAGUGAUAUCGUCAAGAACGGUUUGAACACGACAGUCGAGAAUUUGAAUCCUCGAAGCCUCUACGGACGAUAUUUCGGUGACUAUCCACUGACCUCACACUUCAGAGACGGAAUGGCGCCUUCCUUCUUCAAUUUGGAAAAUGAUGUCUUCAAGACCGUGGCUUUGACCACCGGGCUCUUGGGUGCCAAACUGAUUCUCAACUCGGAAAUCACCGUUUUGAAUCGGAUCCAGAGAAAAGUCUUUUCCACGCCCGAGGAUAUUGAUGCCUUUGGCGGGACUGGAGUGAUCACCAACGAUCCCGUGGUUGAACGGAUCCGAAGGAUGCACCUAAAUGAUAUUGAAGCAUUCGUGCCGUUUUGCAUGUUGAGCAACAUGUAUGUGACCACGGAUCCGUCAUUGAGAGAGAUUCGUUGGAUUUGCGGGCUCUUCUUGGCCGCCCGAUUCGGUCACACCCUCUCCUAUAUUGCUUUGAAGAAUCAGCCCUGGAGGUUCUACUUCUUCCUCAGCGGGUGUGCCGUCAAUGGCUACUUGGCCACUCGUCUUCUCUUCUCUCUGUUUGCCCGUUGAUUUAUUUAUCGGGACAUUUCAAUGAAUGAUGGCACUUCCCGUGUGUUUGGAAUUAAUAAAUCUCAAUUCAAAGCCAA